AUGCAAACCUUCUUCAACGAAAUAGAAGACCUUGUUAACGAAGCAGAGGUGAAGAGAAACUUUAACGAGGCGGAGGAACUGAUGGGCAGCACGUGCAAAGAGUUAAUCGAGAAAAAAAAAAAAAACAGCAACUCCCCAAUUCACGAGAAAAUAAAGUUAUUCCUCGAGGAAGUCAAUUUUAUUAAUUACUCACUUGACGAAUAUGCCAAGGAGAGCCAACGUAGAAAAGAAAUUUCAGACAGGGGGAAGGGACAACUAGGUGAGCUCACAUCCCAGGGGGAGUACUUCCCCUCCAAGGAGCAGGACGAAAUUUUGAACGACGUAAUUUUUUGGGAAUUAGGCUUGAAGGAGACCUCUCCAGUUGUCGACGAGGCCAAAAAACUGCUGCUACUAAUUAGCGAGAAUUUUGAAAAAAUCGAAAACAAGGAAUUCGUACUCACCACGGAAAAGGCUCUGGACAUACGGAUCGAUGACUUUCGAAGGAACGAAAUAAGUGCAGAUUAUUUUUCCAAAAGGAUAAGUCAGAUACACGCGGACACGGUGAGCCAACUUGCACGUGAACUAGAAGAGAAGGAGAAGAACUCCACGACCAUGUGCCAGGAGAAUACAUCAAAGGAGGGUCCAGAAAAUAUGCCAAAUGAAGAACCUACCAAGGUGAAUUUAACUGUGGUAUCUUCCAUGGAGAAGGACGCCGGUGAAGCUACAACAGAAGGGGGGACCCUCUCCAAUGCUGCCUUCUCUCUAAAUGAAAAAUCAGGAGAGGCGAAAUGUACAGCGCACACACCCAACUCGGGGGGAAACAACCCCCGGCGGAAAAACCGAAAUGAGCAGAAAAUGGUCCAUUCGAAUUUCUUCCACAAGAAAAAGAUGAAGCUCAUGGAGCGCUGGCAGAAGGUGGCCGAAGAAUCCAAGCUCAUCAACGACUCGGACGCAAGUUGUUAA